AUGCUUGGCCAGACCAAAGGAAUAAAGACGAGUGUCCCUAAUGAACCCAAGAUAUUAUUUGAGGAGAUUGGAAACGCCGGUGUGGUGACAUUGAACAAACCGAAGCGAUUCAAUCUGAUAGAGUAUAGUAUGAUAGCGCGGUUGUCUAUCAUGCUGCAGGCUUGGGAGCGGACUCAGUCUCGAAUCAUCAUAAAAGGUGCCGGAGACAACUUCUGUGGCGGAACAGAUCUCAAAUGGCUUUUAGGUAGCAACGACCCUACAAUAAAAUCAGGUAUAGCGACCCAGGCGAACAAUAUAUAUCGUGUAUCUAGAAAUAAGGUGCCUUAUAUAUCCUUGUUGGAUGGUAUGUCGUUCGGAGCAAUACUAAUGCUUGGCAGUUGCUGCAAAUAUACAGUCGUUACGGAUCGUGCAAUAGUCGCCAUGCCAGAGUGUCGAAUCGGCUGGCUUCCCGACGGAGCCUCUCUUCAUUUUAUGCCACGUUUGGACAACCAUUUGGGUUACUACUUGGCUUUAACUGGGAAGCGUUUAAAAGGUAAAGAUGUUGUGUUAUCUGGUAUAGCGACGCACUGUGUACCAAGUGCUCGCUUAGAAGAUUUAAAAGUUGAUUUAUGUCAUUGUAAAGUUGAGGAUAUAGAAGCCUGUUUGAACACAUACAGUGAGACACUUGGAGAGUUCUCCUUAACCCCUUUCAUAAAGGAUAUCGACUAUUGUUUCUCUGCUGAUACUGUAGAAGAAAUUUUCGCGCGACUGACUAAAAUUGACAACCCUUGGUCUAAUGAGACUUUGAAAUUGUUCGAACCAUUAUGUCCUACUUCGCUUAAGGUGGCUCUUCGCGCAUUGCAACUCUGGAAGGACCUGGACCUGAAGCAGGCCUUUAUCCUCGAGCACCGAGUGCUGUCUCGCUGCAUCAACAGUUACAACGGGAAGGAAGGUCUAAGGUCGCUGCUGCUGGAGAGGACUGAUCGGCCAAACUGGCUGCCAAAGACUGUGGCUGAGGUCACAGAUGCUAUGGUGGAUAGUUAUUUUGAACCACUGCCGGAGGGAGAAGAACUUAUGAUAACUGAUUAA